AUGAAAAAGAUGAUAAUAAACUCAGAUAAUAAUAAAGUAUUAAAUAAGGAUCAUAAAGAUGAUUAUCAUUUGGAAACAAAUAAUGAAUUAAAGGUUAACUUAAAUUUUCAUAAUAAUAACAUAAUUUCAAAUAUUUUCUCAAAUUUAAGUUUAUUUGAAAAAAUAAAUAACAUUUUUACCAUUGAAGGUAAAACAUAUAUGCUAAAAUAUUGCAAUAAUUUAAAUGAGGAUGAUUUUAAUAUUUCAUAUUAUCAAAAAGUAGAUAAAAAUUUUAUUCCUAUAUCACCAUGGCAUAAUUUAAAUUUAAUGAAUGAAGAUGGUACAUAUAAUAUGGUUGUUGAAAUAACUAAAUACAAUUAUAUUAAAUUAGAAAUAAAGUUAACAGAAAAAUAUAAUGUUAUUAAACAAGAUAAAAAAAAAGGAAAAUUAAGAUAUUAUCAUAAUUCAAUAUACUGGAAUUAUGGGGCUUUACCUCAAACAUAUGAAUAUCCGAAGCAUAUUUAUAAUUAUAGGGCAAAAGAUAAUCAACAAAUUUUUUUUACUGGUGAUGAUGAUCCAUUAGAUAUAGUAGAUAUUGGACAAAAUAGUUUAAAAAUGGGUCAAGUUGUUCCUGUUAAGAUUUUGGGAGCUUUUACUUUAAUUGAUGAAGGACAACUUGACUGGAAAAUAAUAGGAAUUAAUAAAUAUGACAAAAAUUUUAAUAAUAUUAGUAAUUUGGAUGAUGUUGAAACAUAUUACCCUCAUACCAUGAAUUUAUUAUUAGAAUGGUUUCGUUCAUAUAAAAUGGCAGAAUCGAAAAAACUAAACAUUAUAUGUAAAGAAUUAUAUAAUAAAAAAGAAAGUGAAGAUUUAAUAAAAAAAACUCAUGAAUAUUAUUUAGAAUUUUUAAAGGAUGUAAAACUUCUUAAUUCUAACAAAAAAGAUACAAAUGUAUAUAAACAUAGUCAUAAUGAUAAUAUAAAUACAAAUGAGUAUAAUCAUAAUGACUUUUUAAAUAAAAUACAUGAUGACUCCAUAUAUAAUAAAUUAUUACAGAACAUACACGUUUCAUAUUGUAAAGCAAAUCCUUCUUAUAGGCCAAAUGGUAAUAUUUGGAUACCUUAA